GCUGGCUACCAAUCACAGACCAGUAAUUGUUUUCUUUCCCUGCGCCCGGCUUAUCCCCAGAGGCUCGCUCGCCGGCUUCGCUCCUUGGCCCCAAAAGUCGCCCUCUGUGCCUCGCGUCCACAUCACCGAGCUCGCCGAGCUCGACUUUUUGCGCGCUCCUGCCAGCAUGCCUAGUCGCUUCCAUGGCGGCAGAAACUGAGCAAGCCAAAUGCUCCUUGUGGUCCCUAAGUUCAAAGGCUAAGAUGAUUUCCCCUCAUGUUAGUAGCUGGUGGUGUGUCACGAUGUCGUUUUCUUAUCCCCGCAGGCAAUGAAACAUUACUUUGACAUGGAUGCAUGAUAAAGAUAUGGCGAUCUGCUGCUUGUCGUCCCCUGAUAAGUUUUCUAGCCCGGCUACACCCUCAUCUGUCUCCAUCUUCCCUACUGGUAAACAUGCCUUGCCCCUAUCAGGCUCCUUUACACCUUCAUGCACAACAACAACGGAGAUCCAAAGUCGGUGGCAGCGGGGGAUGAAGUGAUAGCAGGACGGCCACGAUCAGACUCUGGGCACAUCUCUGCGACUGUCGGCAGACCUCCAGCUUCGACUGUCACUCCUCCAGAUGAGACCCCAAUGAUGGGUCAAGACCAGGGCCAAGACAACGUUGGCAGCACGGAUACCAAAGUCAAGUCGGCUGCUCCUGCUGGAGUCUCGACAGACGAUGCAGAAGCAGCACUGUCUAGAGUGCCCAGCGGGCCAGCCUACACAGUCUUUCCGCCCUCCAUGAUAUGGUGGAUUGUGGCCAUGAAUUUCCUCGCCGCCUUCAUGUCCCCCAUGACGGCCAACGUCUACUUCACGGCCAUCCCUGUGCUCUCGAGGGAUCUCGGCGUGACAAUCUCGCAGAUCAACUUGACAGUCACGACCUACACCAUCUUCCAGGGCCUUGCGCCAAUGUUCUUUGGCAAUUUUGGCGAUGCAGCUGGCCGACGUCCGGCGUUCAUCGUUGCCUUUACGAUAUUCCUCGGCGCGAACAUUGGACUGGCUCUCCAGAGGGACUACGUCGCCCUCCUCGUUCUUCGCAUGUUGCAGAGCACUGGCGCCAGCGGCACCAUCGCACUCGUCUACGCCGUGGUGGCGGAUCUGGCGCCACGCUCAGAGCGAGGCAGAUACAUGGGAGUCGUCGGCGGAGGUAUUACCAUGGGGCCUGCCCUGGGUCCUGUGCUGGGUGGGAUCUUGGCCCAGUACCUUGGCUGGCCAGCCAUCUUCUGGUUCCUCGUCAUCUUCACCGUGACUUGGCUGGUCCCUUUCAUCUUGGCUGUCCCCGAGACAGCACGCAACGUGGUUGGCAACGGCUCCAUCCCUCCGCGAGGAUGGAACAUGACACUGCUCGACUACUUCAGGGACCGCAAGAGGCGCAGUGGCGCACCUCCUCGACCCCGACAGAAGAUCCCUCUUCCCAACCCCCUCGUAACGCUGAAGCUUCUCCUGCGAAAAGAGAUGGGCAUGCUCCUCCUGUACAACGGCGCCCUCUUUCUUGGCUUCCAAGCCGUCUCCGCCACCCUGUCGACUCGCCUGUUCGAGGCAUACGGCUUCAACGAGCUCCAGCUAGGUCUCUGCUACCUCCCGCUCGGCUUAGGAUGCACCAUUUCGUCCGUCGCAAAUGGCUACAUCGUGGACUGGAACUACAGGCGCACGGCAAAGAGGCUCGGAGUCGUCAUCGACCGCAAGUCCGGCGUCGAGGCCCCCGGCUUCCCGAUCGAGCGCGUCCGCGUCGAGGUUGCCCUGCCGCAGAUCCUCCUCGGCGUGCUCGUGUACAUUGGGUAUGCGUGGUCGUUCUACUUUCGCGCGCACAUUGCCGUCCCGCUCGUGCUGUCCUUCUUUAUUGGGCUCUGCGUCACGGGCGCCUUUUCUGUCAUCAAUAUCCUGCUCGUGGAUCUUACCCCGGACGCACCGGCGUCGGCCACGGCGGCGAAUAACCUGAUUCGCUGUGCGUACGGGGCCAUCUCGAUAGCUGUGAUUGAGGACGUGAUUGGGAGGAUCGGUGUUGGCUGGGCUUAUAGCAUAAUUGGCAUCAUGUUUGCAGUGUUCUCGCCGGUGCUAUGGUAUAUCCAGAAGAAGGGGCCGCAAUGGCGGGAGGAGAAGCGGCAGAAGAUGGCGGCAGAAAAGGAACAGACUGCAGAGGAGAAUACGGCGGCAGCGGCAGCGGCAAGGGACUCUGCGGACGAAGUAGAAAGAACCGGAGCUGGAGAAGCGGUCACCGCUGAAGGAGGCCUUCAAGAGCCAGAAUCCAAGCGACUUGCGGCAAACUAGGUCCAGUGCAAUACCGGACUUCCGAGCUGCACAUCCAGAACAGAAUUAUCCCACAUAUCAGUCCGCAUGCGCUGGAAAGGGUCUGCUAUGCCUCCUUUGAGAGUCCGGGAAAACGGCAAGACGAUGCUUGUGACACCUUUGGCG